CUAUUGAUAAGUGUAAGUUUAUCCCAAUUUACUUUUAGUCACCUCUCUGCCCUUGUGUUCUGUCGAUUAGCUUCCAGAAAGGAGAAGUCGAAGUAGGUAAUUGACGGUGUUACACGCUAUUCAAGAUUAGGAUGUGUGACAGGAAUGGUGGCCGACGCCUCAAACAGUGGCUCAUUGAACAGAUUGAUAGUGGUAUGUACCCAGGACUGGUUUGGGAACAUGAAGAUAAGAGCAUGUUUCGCAUUCCUUGGAAACAUGCUGGGAAACAAGACUACAAUCAGGAGGUGGAUGCUUCUAUCUUCAAGGCCUGGGCAGUGUUUAAAGGGAAGUUUAAAGAAGGAGAUAAAGCUGAGCCGGCAACGUGGAAGACAAGACUCCGCUGUGCGCUAAAUAAGAGCCCAGAUUUUGAGGAAGUAACAGAGAGGUCUCAGCUGGACAUUUCAGAGCCUUACAAAGUUUACAGAAUUGUUCCCGAAGAGGAGCAGAAAUGUAAAACCGCUUUAAUCAUGAAUGGCAGCAACUGUAGUGACAUUGCAGAUAUGGACUGCAGUCAUAUGGGGAUUGAUGAGCUAUGCCCUGAGAAUGGUGAAGAAUGUGUCUUAAUAAAUAGAAGUCCUUCUCCACUACCAGAUAAUAGCAGAAGCCAGCCAAGUUCUGACUGGUGGUUACAGCAGGCCAACUUGGUGCCAGCAGUGAGACCUGAGUGUUCAGGAUAUGGGCCUUAUCAAACAGACUUUUCCCGACUGGUGAUUAGUUUUUACUAUGGAGGAAAACUGAUGGGCCAUGUUACAACAACAAGACCUGAGGGCUGCAGAAUUUCCUUGAGUCGUCCACCUGUCAACAAUGAAGCAAUCUAUGGUCCUGAGACCCUGGAGCUUAUCCGGUUCCCAAGUGCAGAUAUGAUUUUGAAUGAACGCCAAAGGCACAUAACAAAUAAACUCUUUGGACAUCUAGAACGUGGGGUACUGCUGUACAGUAACAAACAAGGAAUUUUUAUUAAAAGGCUUUGCCAAGGUCGAGUCUUCUGGAGCAGCAACUGUUUAGCUUUUAAAAAUGGAACAAACAAGCUGGAGAGGGAUGAAGUUGUCAAAAUAUUCGACACAACUCAGUUUUUAGAAGAGCUUCAGACAUACCGCAAUAAUCAUUGUCAGUUCCCAGAUUCAGUUGUAACAUUAUGUUUUGGAGAGGAGUUUCCAGAUAACACACCCAUUCGCUUUAAGCUUAUUAUAGUACAGAUUGAACAGGUUGGUGUUAGACAGUACAUUGAGACAGCAGCAAGGAAUUACAGCAGUGGAAACCUGGAGCUAUCAGAUGAAGGACAACAAGAUCAUAUAUCCCGUAUCCUUCAUGAUUUAUGUGCUUAUGGCAUGCCGCAAAGGCCUUUCUUCAGAGAAAACCAUCAGAUUACUGCUUAAGUUAUUUUGGGACAAUGUGUGUAUGUGGGUCUAAUAUAUAUAUAUAUAUAUAUAUAUAUAUAUAUAUAUAUAUAUAUAUAUAUAUAUA